AUGGAUGAGCAACCGGAGAAGCAAGCAAAGAUAGACGAAAAACUACAGAGGCAGAAGGAAAUAGAUGACUGGCUUCCAAUUACUUCAUCAAGAAAUGCAAAAUGGUGGUACUCAGCUUUCCACAAUGUCACUGCCAUGGUUGGAGCUGGUGUCCUAAGUCUUCCCUUUGCCAUGUCUAAUCUUGGAUGGGGUCCUGGUAUAGUUAUUCUGAUAUUAUCAUGGGUGAUCACUCUAUUCACAUUAUGGCAAAUGGUUGAGAUGCAUGAAAUUGUUCCGGGAAAGCGGUUUGAUAGGUACCAUGAACUGGGUCAGCAUGCCUUUGGUGAAAAACUUGGCCUUUGGAUUGUGGUGCCCCAACAGCUGAUCUGCGAAGUUGGUGUGGACAUUGUGUACAUGGUCACAGGAGGAAAAUCGCUGCAGAAGGUCCAUAAAAUAGUUCGUAAAGACGAAAAAGACUCGAUCAAACUCAGUUACUUCAUCAUGAUAUUUGCCUCUGCUCAUUUUGUACUUGCUCAUCUCCCCAACUUCAACUCCAUCUCUGGCGUGUCUUUGGCUGCAGCAGUCAUGUCAUUAAGUUACUCUACUAUUGCAUGGACGGCUUCAGUUCAUAAGGGUGUUCAGGCAGAUGUAGAUUACGGUUAUUUAGCGCACAGCACAUCAGGAACAGUCUUUAACUUCUUCAGCGCCUUGGGAGACGUUGCUUUUGCCUACGCAGGCCACAAUGUGGUUCUGGAGAUCCAAGCAACAAUCCCUUCCACACCCGGAAACCCAUCGAAGAAGCCUAUGUGGAGGGGAGUUGUGAUGGCCUACAUAGUUGUGGCCUUGUGCUACUUUCCGGUGGCUCUCAUUGGAUACUACACCUUCGGCAACAAAGUUGAGGACAACAUCUUAAUCUCCUUGGAGAAACCUGAAUGGCUCAUAAUAAUGGCAAACAUGUUCGUUGUUGUCCAUGUUAUUGGGAGUUAUCAGCUAUAUGCAAUGCCAGUGUUUGACAUGAUAGAAACUGUCCUGGUAAAGAAACUAAAUUUCAGACCAACUACAACUCUUCGCUUCAUUUCCCGCAAUUUAUAUGUUGCAUUCACAAUGUUCGUCGGUAUCACAUUUCCCUUCUUUGGUGGACUUCUGGGAUUCUUUGGCGGAUUUGCCUUUUCCCCAACAACAUACUUUCUCCCUUGCAUCAUGUGGCUUGCCAUCAAGAAACCACGAAAGUUUAGCUUAUCUUGGAUCGUUAACUGGAUUUGCAUUACAUUGGGACUCAUGCUCAUGAUCCUUUCACCUAUUGGAGGGUUAAGGAGUAUCAUAAUUCAAGCUAAGAACUACAAGUUCUACAAUUGAAAGUACUUUGCUCAAGCACAGGUUGGUAACCUUGAAAUCCAAUGCAGAUAUAUAGAUGCAAGCAUAUGUGACGAAUAAGACAACGAAGAGAUACACAAAUAC